CGAAUGAUGACGAGUCAUGUGAUUUUUCUUCCGCAUUUGACAAGAUGGCGGGAAGCUGGAAGAAAACAGUCUUCAGCACAUUUUACUUCAUUUAUACAUUGUCAGUUGGUUCUGAGGCAUUGGAUUGUCUUUCUAACGAAAACAAACCUGUUGACUGGUAUAUAGGAUACAAGCUGCCAAAUACAGCCCACAAUGUUCAAGCAUAUUCCCUGAUGUACAUGGACAGUGAUAAGCCCAGCUGGAGGCUGGUGAAAGGAACCCUCGACAAACCUAGCAAUCAAGCCAUAUACUACACACUCUCACAGAUAUAUAACGCUAAAAUGAAUGAGAGUGGUGUAGGAAUUGGGAACAGUAUAGCAUAUGCCAUGUACAACGAUGAGAAACCAACGAAAAUGAGCCUAGACAGGGAGUCGUCUGCAGAACAUGGUCACACAAAGGGAGUGCUGGGAUUUGAUGAGAAAACAGGCUUCUGGUUGAUCCAAAGCACGCCAAGAUUCCCCCCUGCGUAUAAGGAUGGCUACAGCUUCCCGAGUACAACAAAUGCCCAGUCCUUCCUGUGUGUUUCCAUGGAAACCAGUAAAAACCUCAAUGAAAUUGGACUACAGCUUCAAUACAACUGGCCAAAGAUUUAUGAUAAAAACCUGCCACAAUUUGCUGCCCAGUAUAAAGAGUUUGGGGCUGCCUUGAACGGAAAGCAUGUUGAUGUGGCACCCUGGUAUCGGGAAACAAAACUAGUCUCUUUGGCUGGAGUCCUGUUCUUGUCUUUUGCCAAAUACUCCGACUGGGGAAAAGACCUGUAUGCUGACUGGCUGGCUCCGAGGUUUCAGGACUCGCUGCUUGUGGAGACCUGGCAGAAUGGGAUAGAAAAAAUGUGCUCCAACUGUACGGGGACAUACCAGGUGAUGAACAUAGCCACUCUGAAAUUUAAGGCUAAAGGGUAUGAGUUUAAGGAGACUCAGGAUCACUCAAAGUGGGCCAUAACCAAUUCCAGCAAUCUAGCCUGGGUCUGCAUUGGGGACAUCAACAGACAGGUACCCCAGAUGAAACGUCCAGGGGGCACUGUGUGUUUCCAGCAUAAACAAGUGUGGACAGGCUUCAAGAACCUUGUCACAGGGAUUCACAAUUGCAAGGUCUACAACAAAUGCAUUCCACCUGAUUUCUAAACCAACGCUUGUCUGGUUGUCUGCACAUUAUUUGCCAAAGGUGUUUGGUCCUUUAAGCAAUGUCUAAUCUUAUAUAUGAAACUUUUUUUCUGUCAAUAUGUAUAAAAAAAAUCUUGCAAUUUUAAUACUUCUACAGAUUAUAUUUUUAUAUGAUUUAUUUCAAUGUGUGUUAGCUGACAUUAUUUAUAAGUGCCAUUAAUCCGGUAAUAUUUGUGUCUCCUAUUGAGCAAUUGUUUGUUGUUAUGUUAAAUGAUGAUAUCAUUGCAGCUGGUUUCUAUACUUUUGUCUAUUUCCCAUUAAAUUCUAUUAUAUACUGUGUCUUUGAUCUUUACCGUCGGUGUACCGAAUAUUGUAAAUCUGUUGCCAAAUUUGUUUUUAUCUCAUUUAUUCUUCUAAUACAGCUGAAAACAACA